UGGAGAACAAGAUCAGAGUGAGAGGGUCUUAAAAGUGGAAACUUACUGUUUGUCAGUUUACAAGAACCUGGACAAUGGCUUAUUUCAGGAAGAUGGAUGUCAUCAAUGUCACUGCUUUGCCAGUGGUACCAGUGGAUGAGCACCCGGCUUUCUCACUCGUCGCACAGAAUGCCCUGAGGAAGAAUAUGAAAGAGAGUCCACCCUCGUGCUUUAUUGGCUCCAUCCACCAGGUGAACCAGAAGAUUACUGGGAUAGAUCUGCGCUCCAGUGCGUUGGACAACAGUCUGGGAACUGAGACAUUUGAGUUGGAGAAGACGGCUUUUAAAGAGAAAAGUCACGGAGGCUCGGGAGACAGAGGCAAAAGUCAAAGAACGUCAAAGUACACUUGCAGCGGCUCAGAAUCCAGGAAUGUCAAAUCUUUCUUUAUUAAAAGGAAAAUAGCAGAUAAAAAUCUGCUGGCAGAGCUGUACCAGUACCCGCAGUUUAACAGCUCUAGGCCAAACGAUCUUCCCAAUGGGGUGGACUUCUGUGAUAUGGUUGGCAAUGUGGUUCGGUCUGAAAGAAACCCCGUCACUGGCAAGUCUUUCUGUUCGGAUAAAGAAUUAGAGAAGUUUCUCUCUUCUCCUUCUCUAGCAGCCAUAUGGCUGGAUAGCUUCUGGUGGAUCUUUCAUGAAAGGUACCAGCCAAACAGGGAGAUCCAGAAUAAGUUGUUCGACCGGAUAUCCCUACACUACGCUUUUCUUUUGUUUCGUGAAUCCAGGUCCCACUAUGAAGAGGCUAUUUUAAAGAGAUUGCCGUCACUUCUGAGUAAAGCCCUGUACACAAGCUUCUGUUGCUGCUUCCCACAGUCGUGGUUCGACACACACGAAGUCAAGUCUGACCUCUGUAACACGAUGAGCCUGUGGAUUGCAGGUAUAUACCCUUGCCCACAGAAUUAUAACAGUUGGGACUACUCGGAACUGGAUCCAGAGGGAUUCUGGAGACAAGAAUUAAUGUUGCAGAGAAGAAAACUGAUAAAGGACGGUUAUUGUCAGACUUCGAUCUUGAAGAAAAGUACACAAUUCAAGUGGAUAUCAAAAGCAAGAUAUGAGAAUAUGUUUCCUGAGAAGUCUCACCCUGUCUGCAAAAGCCCUGAGAUAACUGCAAACCUCUUCAACCUUUAUGGGAAAAGCCCUCUGAUUGUGUACUUCCUCCAGAAGUAUGUCACCCUGCGGCAGCAUGGCCAAGAUGUGUUGAUUAUCAGGAGGGAGAAAACCAAGACCAUCCCUGAGUCCUGCCUGACCUACCGUGACGUCAUCAGCAUGACCCUGAACAACAUGAAGAAGCGGAGGUGUAUCCUCCAGCAGUUGAACCAGCUCUAUGGGAGUGAAUGGAAUUAUUUUGAUAAGUACCUAAAAGAACUUCAAGACAACUUCCUCAGGGACGUGAAGAAUAUCGACCAGAGAGAAAUAGAUAGAAGAAAGGCAAACCGCAUGGUCAUCCAACCUUCAACCGUCAUCGAGGAAGUCCCUGAAAAGAAAUCUACAGAAAUCCAUCAGAGGGAGAAUGGGUUUCUUUUAAGGAAGGGAAAGGAGGAAGAAGGGAGACAGAUUUUGAACUACUCUCACUUGUCACUUUCAAACUCGGAUGAAUUCUCUUCCUCAGGACAAGAAAGCUCCUCUGAAGUCGUUGAUACUUCUAAUUUCAAGUACAGUAGAACAACAACAGGAGAAAAAAGAGGUCACCAAGAAAUUGAAACCAACGUACAAAAAGAAAGUAUUCUUCCUCAGCUUCUCGCCUUCCAGCUCAACUGGAUGAAUCCUUGUCCAAGAAUUGGGAGAACUUUUUGGAUGAAGCCUAUGCAUGUUGUUGAAUUUAAUCUAAAACAAAAACUACAAACCAAACAAAAUAAUAAUAAUGCUGCAACACAUCUAGUCAUUUCUAGUCCAUGGGACAAAGAGUAUUGAAGUUCAUGUCUACCUGGGCCAAAGUCAGCAUUUAAAUUGAAGCUAAGUCACUUCAUUCACUCAUGCAUUUACUUACUAGUUCUUUUAUUUAUUUAUUUAUUUAUUGGGGAACACUGUGUCUCUCCAGGGACAUCAGCUCCAAGUCGCUGUCCCCCAACCUAGCCGUGGAGGGCUCAGUCACCAUCCCCAAUCUUUAGUUGCAGGGGGCACAGCCCACCACCCUAUGCAGGAAUCGAACUGGCAACCCUGCUGUCGAGAGCCAGUGCUCCAACCAACUGAGCCCUCCGGCCUCUCCUACUUACUUACUUGUUCUUUCAUUCACUUGUUUAAUAAUAACACCAUGGAAUGUAUAAUAUUACUAUGUAACAUAGCAAUAGUAAUCAUAGGCGACAUCAUUUAUUGAGUACUUACUAUGUGGUGAGUGCUCUGUUAAGUUCUUUUUCGACAUUAUCUUGGUUAACCCUCCUGGGGGCCCCCUGAAAUGCUACUGUUACUCCAUUCGUCCUUAGAGGACACUGGGGCUUGGAGAGAUUGAGCAAACCUUCACCGGGUGUCUAUUCUAUAUUAUUCCUGGACUAGUUCCUGUGCAUACAGAGAUGAAUAAAAACAGAGUCCCUGAACUUAAGGGGUUUACAGUCUGGAAGAAGGGUAGUAGGAUGUAGAAACCAAAAAGUGCAUGAAUGCUUUGCUCAAGAUCUGUGUGAACUCCAAGGAAAACCAAGUCAGAGAUACUUCACUGAGGCUCAGAGGUACAGGGGCCAGUGUGCAGAAGGAUCUGCAGCUGGGCUUACAGGCCCGGCUGGUAUCAUUUUGGCCUCAGAGCACAAGGGGGUGACCUGUUCUGUGUUAGAACAGUCUGCUUGGCACAGCUCAGAGGGAAGAAAUCAUGCAGAUGGCUGUUUGCGUGAACCAAGAAGCAAAUAAGUACAUCCUUGGGACCUACACUGUCUCCCACGGAUAUGCUUCUUCACUUGAACCCCGAGUGUAACUCUAGGUGACUCCCUUGGAGCAUAUCACCCAGGUAAAGGGAUGGAGGAAGGGGGAUAGGGAAGGAGCUCCAGCUUUGGCCCCAGAAAAUUCAGAGCUUUGAAUCCCUGUAGCUACGUGACUUGACCUUUCUGAGCUUGUUUUCUUGAAUGCAGAAAGGAAUGCCUGCCUAGGAGGGUAGUGUUGUUGUGAUGGUUAAAUGACAUACUUUAUGCAGAGUUCCUGGCAUAGCAUGUUCCACUUGGUAACUGCUACAAGCUAUUGUUGUUGUUGUUAUCACUGCUGUUAAAAAGUAUACUCUUCUGAAACCAGGCCCUGUUGAGCAUGUGGCAUGUAUAAGGCACCAUACGGCUCCAGUGACCAGAGCAUUCUCUCUUGCCUCCGGUUCGCCACCCAAGCCACAAUCAGCUCUUUAUUUGCAGUUCUUCUCAGGAGAAAUGCUCCCUCUCCUAUUUCUGGACCUUUUGCCUGUUACUGCUUUUGUACCUGGAUAUUCCUUCUCCCUCUUCCCUGUGAACUCCCUGCCUCGUUAAUUCCUGCUCUUCCUUCAGGACCCCGUGUAGAUGUCCCCUCCUCCAGAAAGCCUUCCCUGAUACACCACCAGCAAAGUUGACACUUGUGCCCCUCCUACGUGGUCCGAUGGGCUUUCCUGCACCCUCAGUAUGGUAGCAGUUACCACAGUGGAUAUAAAUGCCUAUUUACCUAUCUAUGUCUACCACUUGCCCCAACCCAGAAAGGAGGUGUCCUGAUUUUCUGGCCCAGGGCAAACUGCAUUGUUGUCUUUCAAGACAGUCCUUUGCACAGCACUUGGGUCCAACAUCAUCCCUGCACGGACCCUUUCCAAAAAUUACCGAGGACUCAUAACCAUAGGCCUCUCAGGAAGUUCAAGAUGAAAAGACCUGUCUCUGUUCUUUGUAAAUAUUAGAAGGGAAAAGUAUGGGAAAGAAUCCUUUGCCCUUUAUAAGGGGAGGGGCAGAGCAUCAAAGAGAACAGUUAACAAGCAUUUACUGUAAUGUGGGAUAAAGCAAAUGAGUAAUUGUGUGAUACUCCACUUCUGUCAUUCCCAAUGUUGCUGGGAACCAGUAUUCUCAGCAUGGAAGAAAGGAAAUUUAGAUGUUAAAUUGGAACAGGUGAAGUUAAAAUCCUACAGUCCUGGUUUGAAUUGAUUAUGAAUAGAGCAUGUAAGGGGGGAGGGACUUAGUUUCUUCUCUCUUUCCUUGUAACUGGUCACUUUUAUCAUCUUUUGAUUUCCUAUAGCACAAUCAUGGCUGUCCGAUAAUUUCUUUUAUUAUCUUGGAAGGUUAUUUAGAAUUGCAUAUUGCUAUUUAAUCUUUCAUAUUUGUUAACAACACUCUUAAGAACUUUGACCUUAUGUCAUUUUCCUGUAUCCUCCCUGAUUCCUAAACUUAGUCUGCCCUCAGUAGAUAGAUUUUAUUUUUCUCAUAUCUGAUGGAUGCCUUGCUGCUUGCUAAUUAUGAAUGGGCUCUCUUGUAACAUGUAUCUUUUUGCUUCAUAAAACUUUAGAUGUAUUUUGUAUUUACUAGUAUUUACUAAUUUCAUGGGGGUUUCUUUUUUGCUUUUUUGUUUUUUUAAGAUUUAAAAUUAUGGUGGAUACUCAGUGCAAUACUAGAGCCAACCAAUAAGCAGAGUCUUUGAUUUAACACUGUAACAGUUGUUUUAAGAUCUCAGGAUUCUGCAAGGCAUGGCUGUGUUCAUUAGAGUAAAAUGUGGUACAAGUAAUCCAUUUUCUUGGUCUCUUCCAUCUCCUCACUUAAUACCAAAACCAGGGGUUGGGGUCCAGGGGAAGGGGAACAAACUGCUAAAAUAGGUUGCUACCACCUAUAUCUCUAAACAGCACAGUAACCCAUCAUCUAUUUAUAGAUUAAAAGAGACUUAAAAGGCAUCAAUAAAUUGCAACAUGUAUAUAAUUUUUUGGAUACCAGUUGAAACCAACUUAAAAAAAUACGGCAUUUAUGAGACAAUCGGACAUUUGAGUGCUGCGUGGAUAUUUGAUAUUAAAAUUAUUAUUAAUGUUUAGGAGUGAUAAUGGUAUUAUGGUUAUGUUUUAAACAAGAGUUCUUUUAGAGAAACAUACUGAAAUAGUUACAGAUGAAAUGAUAUGAUGUAUGGAAUUUACUUCAAGAUAAUAUGAGAGGAAGGAAGUAGAUGGAGGUUUAAAACAAGAUUGGGGACCGGCCCAGUGGCUCAGGCGGUUAGAGCUCCCUGCUCCUAACUCCGAAGGCUGCUGGUUCGAUUCCCACAUGGGCCAGUGGGCUCUCAACCACAACUCCUCGAGUCCUUCCAAGG